AAAACACGAGAAAUUAAAUUACAUUUAAUCUCCAAAAAAAAAAAAUAAUAAAGAAAGAUAUUAUUUCCAUAGGCUAAAUGGGCCCUGAUGGGCCCCACGGCCCAACUUGCUCGUCCUCUCCGAAAAUCCUAUAUAAAUUGGCUUGGUCAUUCAUGCAAUUCUCGCCAGUUCUUACAUCGUUCUGCUAACUCUUCGAAACACAACUUCGUAACCUAAUCUCUCUCUCUCUCUUUCUUUCUCAUUUCUUUAAAGUCUGAAACUUUCUUUUCGAUUUUCUCGCGUUGAUAUUUCCCAGGAAAGUUUUCUUUGCUUUUUUGUUUUUUUUUUUCCUUCUCCAUUUUCGAUUCGAUCUCUCUUUGUUCUGUCUUUAUUCCGUAACGGAUUUCAUAUUAACCGGAUCUGCAUGAGUUCUGUUUCUUUCCGUGUUUAAAUUCCUGGCCUAAUUUAAUUUUCUCACCUGCCAAACAGAAGCUUAAAAAGAAAAUUCUUCUGAGCGUUCGGUGUGGGGAUUUCGGAGACUGAGUGGUUGAGAGAGAGGGUUUACUCCGGUUUCAUAGAUUCUUUUACUGCUUCUUUUGAGGGGGGUAGCCGGGGCCUCGGCCUCGGCGGGUUCUAAAACCCCCAGCUUCACAAACAUACAGACACAUUGAAUAUAAAAACCCUAACUUUCUUUUUCUUCUUCUUUAUUAUUCUUCUCUAACAGUUCUUUCAUUCUUUUGAUCGUCGCGGUAUCAAGAAGAGAUGCCGGCCCUGGCGUGUUGCGUUGACGCUGCUGCCACAGCUCCUCCCGGCUACGCUUUCGCCGGGGAUAGCUCUCUUCCCGCGCCGGUCAUAUUUUCCGGCGUUCCUCCGGCGACAACCGCUACUGCCACCGCUUGGUCACCUUCCUUAUCGUCUGCUCUCUACAAAGUCGAUGGGUGGGGCGCACCUUACUUCGCCGUCAACUCUUCCGGCAACGUCGCCGUUCGCCCUCACGGCGCUGGAACUUUGGCGCACCAGGAGAUUGAUUUGCUGAAAAUUGUAAAGAAGGUUUCGGAUCCGAAAUCUAAGGGCGGGUUAGGUUUGCCCCUUCCGCUCGUUAUUCGGCUUCCUGAUGUGCUUAAGAACCGCCUUGAGUCUCUCCAGGCGGCGUUCGAUUUCGCAAUCCAGUCGCAGGACUAUGAAAACCAUUACCAGGGUGUUUACCCUGUGAAAUGUAACCAGGAUCGUUAUGUUGUGGAGGACAUUGUCAAAUUCGGAUCCCCAUUCCGUUUCGGAUUGGAAGCUGGGUCAAAGCCAGAGCUUCUCCUGGCGAUGAGCUGCUUGUGCAAAGGUAGCCCUGAUUCCUUCCUUGUCUGCAAUGGCUUUAAAGAUGUUGAGUACAUUUCGCUAGCUUUGAUUGCAAGGAAGCUUGCUCUGAACACAGUGAUUGUUCUUGAACAAGAGGAAGAGCUUGAUUUGGUUAUUGAGUUGAGCAGGAAGCUAUCUAUUCGUCCCGUGAUUGGUCUUCGUGCCAAGCUCAGGACGAAGCAUUCCGGCCAUUUUGGGUCUACUUCUGGUGAAAAGGGUAAGUUUGGGCUCACCACAACGCAGAUUUUGCGCGUUGUGAGGAAGCUUGAGCAGGUGGAUAUGCUUGAUUGCCUUCAGUUGCUGCAUUUCCAUAUUGGGUCGCAGAUUCCUACUACUGCACUGCUCGCCGAUGGUGUAUCCGAGGCAGCCCAGAUCUAUUGUGAGCUUGUUCGUCUUGGUGCCCAUAUGCAGGUUCUUGACAUUGGAGGCGGUUUGGGAAUCGAUUACGAUGGAUCCAAAUCUACUGACUCCGAAAUCUCUGUCAGCUAUGGGCUCGAAGAGUAUGCAUCUGCUGUUGUUCGGGCAAUUCGCCUUGUUUGUGACCGUAGGUCUGUGAAACACCCCAUUGUGUGCAGUGAAAGUGGCCGGGCAAUCGUGUCUCAUCACUCUAUUCUGAUUUUCGAGGCCAUCUCAGCUUCUGUUUAUGAUACUCCGAGCAUGUCCCCACUUGGGCUUCAAUUCUUUGUUGAGACUCUCUCAGAGGAAGCUCUAGCUGAUUACAAGAACCUUUCUGCUGCGGCCAUUAAGGGUGAGUCUGAUACUUGUUUGUUCUAUGCUGAUCAGUUGAAACAACGUUGUAUUGAUCAGUUCAAGGAAGGUUCUCUUGGUAUGGAACAACUAGCUGCUGUUGAUGGGUUCUGUGACUUUGUUUAUAAAGUGAUUGGUGUUUCGGAUUCGACUCGUACUUAUCAUGUCAACUUAUCGGUUUUCACUUCAAUUCCUGAUUUCUGGGGCAUUGGUCAACUGUUCCCUAUCAUCCCAAUUCAUCGGCUUGAUCAGAGGCCGGCUGUUAAGGGAAUUCUUUCAGAUUUGACCUGCGACAGCGAUGGGAAGAUUGACAAGUUCAUUGGUGGGGAGUCCACCUUGCCUUUACAUGAAUUGGAAGGUGGCAACGGCAACAAUGGUGGUUGCGGAUACUAUCUGGGAAUGUUCUUGGGAGGGGCUUAUGAGGAGGCACUCGGUGGAGUCCAUAACCUGUUUGGUGGCCCGAGCGUUGUUCGGGUUUCGCAGAGUGACGGUCCCCAUAGCUUCGCCGUGACGCGAGCUAUGCCAGGUCCUUGCUGCAGUGACGUCCUCCGAGUGAUGCAGCACGAGCCCGAGCUCAUGUUCGAGAUGCUCAAGCACAGGGCUGAAGAGUUUGGUCAGGAAGACGACGGCAUGGCUAACGCUGCCUUGGCUGGAGGCCUCGCCCACUACUUCCACAGCAUGCCUUAUCUUGUGGGGUCUUCUUGCUCCUUAACUGCAAUGAAUAAUGGUGGCUUUUAUUACUGCAAUGAGGAUGAAUACAUCGAAGCUGUUGAUUCUACAUCCACUGAGGAUGAACAGUGGUCCUAUUGCUAUGCUUGAGUUUUUAGUCUCUUACCAUUGUCGCCUAGGGACGUCUGUUUUAAACUUUUAUGUCUAUCAAUUUCUCAGUUAAAUGUUUCUUUUUUUUUUGUUUAUUUUGUUAAAAUGCAAAGGAUGUAAGAAACAUGGUAGAAGAAGAAUCCUUUGCGUUUUGUAGUAAAGAGGGCAUUGAACCGAAUCAACCCUUUUGAAAAUUCGGUAUCUUGAUGUACCUUCUUUCAAUGUUUCUUAGUAAAUUUCAGAUUUAGUUUUAAUAUAAUAAUACUUAUCUAAUAGCUUAGUUCUUAA